AUCAAUCCAUUUAUGAUUACUGAAGAGCAUAAAGAAUAUCUUUGGGCUUCAAAAAAUUAUUCUGGUGUACCUCAUUAUACUGGUGCAUUUUUGGAUGAAGAAAUCAUUAAGAUUAUUAAAGAUAUAGGCUCUGAAAAGAUAGCUGUGAUCGUGUCUGAUAAUGCAGCAAAUAUCU